AUGGCACCCACUGCUCUUGUUACAGGAGGAACAGGAUUUAUUGGAAGUCAUACUGUUGUUGAACUUAUUGAAAUUGGAUAUGAUGUGGUUAUUAUUGAUAAUUUAACUAAUUCACAUGAAACAGUUAUAUCACAUAUUCUUCAAAUCACGAAAGCAGACCCAAAAAGAAUUACAUUCUAUAAAGCUGACUUACUUAAUAUUGAUGAAAUUGAUCAAAUAUUAAAUAAGCACAGGGUUGAUUUUGUUAUUCAUUUUGCUGCAUUAAAAGCAGUAGGGGAAUCUGUUUCUAAACCAAUUGAAUAUUAUAGAAAUAACUUGAAUGGAGUUUUGAAUUUACUAGAUUCUAUGCAAAGACACCAAAUUUGGAGAAUUAUUUUUUCUUCUUCAGCAACUGUUUAUGGAGAGCCUGAAGUUAUGCCAGUAAAAGAAACAACACCUUUACAAAAACCAUCAAAUCCAUACGGUCAAACUAAAGCAAUGACUGAACAAAUCUUAACUGACUUUAGUAAAGCACACAAAGAAGCAUCAGUAAUUUUAUUAAGAUAUUUUAAUCCAAUAGGAGCACAUAAAAGUGGAUUACUUGGAGAAAAUCCAUUAGGAAUUCCAACAAAUUUAAUGCCAAUUAUAACAAAAGUUUUAGUAGGUAAAUUACCACAAUUGUCAGUCUUUGGAAAUGACUAUAACACUCGAGAUGGAACUUGCAUUAGAGAUUAUAUUCAUGUUUGUUGA